AUGGAUAUUUCGAAACCAGUUGGUUCAGAAAUCACAUCUGUUGAUUUUGGUGUGUUGUCUGAUGAUGAAAUUAGAAAAUUAUCAGCAAAACAAAUCACAAAUCCUAUUGUAUUUGAUAAUUUAGGUCAUCCUAUAAAUGGAGGUUUAUAUGAUUUAUCACUUGGGGCAUUCUUAAGAAAUGUUUGUACUACUUGUGGAUUAGAUGAAAAAUUCUGUCCUGGUCAUAUGGGUCAUAUUGAAUUACCUGUUCCUGUUUAUAAUCCAAUGUUUUUCAAUCAAUUGUAUAUUUUUUUAAGAAGUGCUUGUUUAUAUUGUCAUAAUUUUAAACUUAAUCAAGUUGAAGUUCAUAAAUAUCAAUGUAAAUUACAUUUGAUUCAAUAUGGUUUAUUAUUGGAAUGUGUUGAAUUGGAUAACAUUUUGGCAAGUUCUUCUAAGAAAUCUCCAGAUGAUGAAAUUGACGAAGAUGAUGAAGAUGAAGAAGAUGAAUAUACUAGUGGUAAAUCAGUUAGUAGUAAAUCUAAAAAAGAACUUAUGGAACGUCGUGAAUUAUUUGUCAAGAAUGCCAUUGAAAAAGCUUUAAAUGAAGGUAGAACUAGUCAUAGGGGUAUUGUCACUGCUUCUGUUUCUGAAGAAAGAAAAGCUGUUAUUCAUGAAUUUUACAAAGCUUUGUUGAGUAGACCAAAAUGUCACAAUUGUGGAAUGUAUUCUCCAGGUUUUAGAAAAGAUGGUUUCACCAAGAUUUUCGAAAACUCCUUGACUGAAAAACAAAUUACCAACAAUCGUGUUAAAGGUUUACAACGUCCUUCUAUGAUUAAAAAGUCCAACAACAAGUCAUCUUCUUCUGAAGUCAGUGAUCUACCAAACAUCAAACAUAAAGGAGGAUCCAAAUAUGUUUUAUCUACUGAAAUUAGAAACAUUUUGAGAUCUUUAUUCAACAAAGAACAACAUGUCUUGCAAAAAGUUUUCCACUCCAGACCAUACCAACAUGAUCAUGUUAGUGGUGACAUUUUCUUUAAACAAUCUGUCUUGGUUCCCCCAACCAGAUUCAGAUUGCCAUCUAAAUUAGGUGAUGAAAUCCAUGAAAAUGCUCAAAAUGAAUUAUUAUCCAACAUCAUCAAGACUUCUGUCCUUAUAAGAACAUUGAAUGAUCAAAUUUCCAACAUGUAUAAAGACAAAUUGGGUGGUGAAGAUAAAAAGAUUCUUUUCAACAGAUUAAUGAAUGCUUUUGUUACUUUACAAAAUGAUGUCAAUGCAUUUAUUGAUUCUACUAAAAACCAAAAUGCACCAGCUGGUAAAGUUCCAAACCCAGGUAUUAAACAAGCAUUGGAAAAGAAAGAAGGUUUGUUCAGAAAACACAUGAUGGGUAAGAGAGUUAAUUAUGCUGCUCGUUCUGUUAUUUCACCAGAUCCAAACUUGGAAACAAAUGAAAUUGGUGUUCCCCCUGUAUUUGCCACCAAAUUAACUUAUCCGGAACCAGUUACUUCUUAUAAUGCUGCCGAAUUAAGACAAGCUGUUAUUAAUGGUCCUGAUACAUGGCCAGGUGCUAUCCAAAUUCAAAAUGAAGAUGGUUCCUUGGUUUCCUUGGUUGGUAUGACUUUGGAACAACGUAAGGCUCUUGCUAAUCAAUUGUUGACUCCAAGUAAUGGUAACUCUGUUGUUGGCAAGAAAGUUUACAGACAUAUUAAAAACAAUGAUGUUGUUAUUAUGAAUCGUCAACCAACUUUGCAUAAAGCUUCUAUGAUGGGUCAUAAAGUCAGAGUUUUACCAGGUGAAAAGACUUUAAGAUUACAUUAUGCUAAUACUGGUGCUUAUAAUGCCGAUUUUGAUGGUGAUGAAAUGAAUAUGCAUUUCCCACAAAAUGAAAAUGCUAGAGCUGAAGCUUUGAACUUGGCAAAUACUGAUAGUCAAUACUUGACUCCAACUUCUGGUUCCCCAUUGAGAGGUUUGAUUCAAGAUCAUAUUUCUGCCGGUGUUUGGUUAACCAGUAAGGAUACUUUCUUCACAAGAGAAACUUAUCAACAAUUGAUUUACGGUUGUAUUAGGCCAGAAGAUGGACAUACUACUAGAAACAGAAUCAUCACUGUUCCACCAGCUGUUUACAAACCAGAGAUGUUGUGGACUGGUAAACAAGUCAUCACUACUAUUUUGUUGAACAUCAAACCAGAAAACGUUCCGGGUGUCAAUUUGAUUUCCAAGAACAAGAUCAAGAGUGAUUAUUGGGGUGAAGGUAGCACAGAAAAUGAUGUUAUUUUCAAAAAUGGUGAAUUAUUAUGUGGUAUCUUGGAUAAAUCUCAAUAUGGUGCUUCUCAAUUUGGUAUUAUCCAUUCUUUACAUGAAGUUUAUGGACCAACUGUUGCUGGUAAGGCUUUGAGUAUCUUGGGUAGAUUAUUCACCAACUACAUUAUGAUGACUGCAUUUACUUGUGGUAUGGAUGAUUUGAGAUUGACUGAUGAAGGUAACAAAUGGAGAAAAGGAUAUCUUGAAACAAUCUGUUGA